UUUACCCGGUCAUUUUAUAAAGUUGAUGAGUCUACGAUUUUCCUCUAAUUUCGUCUUAAAAACAGCAUUAUUCAUCAGAUAAAUCCUUUAACAUUGCUCCUUGUAUGUUAAAAAGGACCGGGGCCUUGAGAUCUGUCCUAAGAAAUUCUUAUUCUGCUACGAGACGAGCUUCAAAAUCACCCAGAGUUUUUCAAGGAGCUUGUUCAAGGUUGAAAAAUACUUUUCCUUGUUCGACUUUGUCACGUUGUUUUACGACUAAAAUGGCUUCUGCUGCUUCUUCGAUGACUCCAGAAAAGAAAUACCAGCUUAUUUCGAGGAAUUUACAGGAAAUCAUUGGUGAAGAUCGGCUGAAGGCCAUCCUGGAUGAGGAGGAUAGACACCUCAAGCUGUACUGGGGAACAGCAACCACUGGUAAACCACAUGUGGCAUACUUUGUGCCGAUGACAAAGAUAGCUGAUUUCUUGCAUGCUGGAUGUGAGGUUACAAUCCUGCUAGCUGACCUCCAUGCUUACCUGGACAACAUGAAGGCUCCCUGGGAGCUGUUGGCCCACAGAGUCAAGUAUUAUGAAGAAAUAAUAAAGGCUUUGGAUGAAGAACAUCUUGGAGUAGAUGCACAGUUUGGAGGAGUUGACCAGAGGAAAAUCUUCACAUUUGCUGAGAAGUACCUCCCUACUCUUGGAUACAAGAAAAGAAUACAUCUGAUGAACCCAAUGGUACCUGGUCUAACGGGAGGUAAAAUGAGUGCAUCAGAUGAGGAUUCAAAGAUUGACCUGCUUGAUAGCAGUUCUACUGUCAAGAAGAAGGUUAAAAAAGCUUUCUGUGAAGAAGGCAAUGUAACCGAAAACGGAGUUUUAGCUUUCGCUAAAUUUGUCAUCUUUCCUGUACUCCAAAUAAAGAAUAUCAAUGAACUUGUAAUCGAAAGGGCAGAAGAAAAUGGUGGAAAUCUUACUUUUACAGAUUAUGAGUCGUUAAAAUCUACAUUUGAAAAGAGUCUGAUGGAUCCUGUAAGAAAGAAGUUUGAGUUACCAGAAUUUAAGAAACUUAAGAGAGAAGCCUACCCAAAAGCAAAGAAAGCAAAAACAAAAAGUGGUGGAGGAGGAGCCAGCAAUAGCGACAGGGCUGUUGAUCCAUCACGACUUGACUUACGCAUUGGAAAAAUUGUCUCAGCUAAAAAGCAUCCUGAUGCCGACACUCUUUACUUAGAAGAGAUUGAUGUUGGGGAGGAAAAGCCAAGAACUGUCGUCAGUGGUCUGGUAGCCUAUCUGACGCAGGAAGAAUUACAAGACAGAAUGGUUGUCAUGCUGUGUAACCUUAAGCCUGUCAACAUGCGAGGAAUCAAAUCAGAGGCAAUGUUGCUUGCAGCUUCUGCUACAAAAGGUGAUCAACGGAAAGUGAUUCCUCUCUCCCCACCAGAAGGAUGUAAACCAGGCGACAGGGUGACUGUAGAGGGCUAUGACCAUAAAAAACUGGGAGAACCAGAUGAACAGCUAAAUCCAAAGAAGAAAAUUUUUGAAACUCUCAAACCUGACCUAUUGGUAUCCAGUGAAGGCGUGGCACAGUACAAAGGCAGUCCCCUCACCACCACCAUGGGGAAGAUAACUUCACUAUUGAAGAAUGCAGAAAUAAGCUAAAACAAAACUGUUCUUAAUGCUGAAAAUUGAUCAACCAACAAUAAAUACAAUAACCGAUA